AUGGGCCAUCGUCUGCAGCAGGACUCGGAAGCGAACCUUUCGGAAGACUGGGGGGGGCCGAAAGAGUGCAACUACGUGACUCCGCAAGAAGCCGGUGACAUGGGUUACCCAGGAAUGGAAAAGCUGACCGACGAAAGCUGGACUGCAGAGUCUGGAGAUGCUGAUGGAAAGCAUGUUCUUUGCUAUGCCUACGGGCCAGCGUUCGCGAAAUAUGAAAAAGGGCAAGUUGGGGCCUGGAAGUACAAUGAGGAGACGUCGAUGAUCGAGUUCUGGUACUCCAAAAGCCAUUGUCCGGGGAUGUGCACGUCUUGCUGCAACAAAAACAAGGGCAACGAACCUCACAGCGUCCUGAACAAGAAACU